UUAAACCUCCAGACCUUCCCCUUUUCAUCUUCCAAGAUGUCGGUGUCCAUUCUCCUGAGCCUCCUCCUCUGGGAUGUUGUGUCUGGUAGUCCAGCCCAGGCAAGUUCCUCGUCUUACUCCGGAGAAUAUGGUGGCAGCAGUGGGGAACAUUUUGACCAGUCCAGCAACCAGCUGGAUGGCCCCAUAACAGCUCUGAGGAUCCAGGCAAACAACAAGUAUAUACUGAGCAUUCAGGUUCGCUACGGCAGCCUGUGGUCCAGGAUUGAAGGGAACCCCUCGGGGAGCAAGUCCGUGAUGCCGCUGUUUCCUGGAGAAGGCAUCGUGCAAGUCUUGGGCCGCUUUGGAAGCUUUGUGGAGUAUAUUGCCUUCCGCACCAACCUCGGCCGUGUCUUUGACUACGGGGAUGGCUCUGGUUUGGGGGUUGCCUUUGACGCUGAGCCUUUGUUCCCAAACACCGUCCUGCGCUACAUCAGUGGCCGCUCUGGGCCUUUGGUCAGCGCUGUCGGGUUCCACUGGGACAAAGAAGAAGGAAUUGGAGGGUGGGAUCAAUCCACCCUCGCCCCACACCAAGAAUAACAGCUCAAAGGACUAACUCUAAUCGAUCUGCCUUCAACGUCUCCGUGGAUAUCAAAAAAAGCAGCCAAGUUCUCUUGCCUUCCUUGGAGGGAUUAUGGGAGAAGGUAAAGCUGGAAGUCAAGAGAAUUGGAAGUGAAGUGGCAAGGAGGGUCAUGCUAUAUCUAUCUAUAUAAAUGCAUAGAACACAUCAACCAAAAAGGAAGAAGGAAAGAGAGCCACCACAUUACAUAUGGUUUUUCUCCCUUCUUAUAACAGGGCUAUAUUAUUCAACAUUAGUAUCCUAUCCAUUAUGGAGCAUAUCGUGUCCCUGUUUUUGUCUCAUCCCAUUGUGUCCAUGCAUUGAUAGCGGUUGCCAGUCAUGUUCCUUAUCAGCUAUGUACACAA